AUGAAUUAAUUAGAAGAUUAGUUCAAUCUGUAAAAAUUUCUAUGGCUAUAAGAUGCCAUAAUCUAUGAUUUAUAAUACUUUUAAUAUCACUUCAACUUUCUUGAGCUGUGUCGAGAAACAACAAAAGUUAUUAUAUAUGUAUUAUACAGAUUUUCAUGCAAAUGGGAGGAAUACUAAAAACAGCAUUUCAGGACAUCAUUUCCAAAUGUAAUAUAAUUGAAAGGAAUGAGAGGAACUUUAAACAUGUGCACGUAUCCCUCAUUUAAUAUAUCUUGCUGGAAAAGAAUAUGGGUAUUAAACAACCAACCUAUUUCUAGAUGUAGCUAAAUACAAUGGAGAAAAUUGUGAUCAUCUUAAAGGCACUGAAUUGGAUGCAUAUACAGACUAUGAAUCAACUGCUCGAACUGUAUUGAGAUUGAUGUGGUUUUUGGAUUAUGUGGCAGUUCUAUUGGAAAAGCUCCUCAACAAACCUAAUGACAGUUUGGGUUCUAUUUGUGCUGAGGCCUACAAUAUUGCUUUGGCUCCUCAUCAUCCAUUUGCUGUUAGAUUUGCAGCUAGAACAGGCAUGCUGGUUGUUGGAAGGUAUGUAACUAUUCAAAUGUUUAGUCGAGAGUCGUUGUAUAAGAUUAUAUUUUAAAAUAAUGAAGACAUUUAUUCGACUUUGCAAUUAUGUUGCCAUAACUUCACUAAGAUCAAAAAUAGGCUUUGGGAUCUUUACAAACAAGAAGAAUUAUGUGAUUUGCCAUGA